CCUGUACCUGUACUGUGGGCACAGCGUCUGCGUAGUCGAUGCAGUCGGUUGAAUUCAUUCCAACAGAAGCACACUGACGACAAACAUGGCUACCAAAGGGAAUCCGAAGUGUUGCUGCUGCAAUGUCCGCAACGGAUCCACAUCUGCCGCAGUGUUCACGAUGAUCCACAGUUUGAUCUUUGUAGGAGGGAUCGUAUACAACUUGUACAUCAUCAACAAUGAACCGGACGGGGCCCAGUUGAGCAAUGGACCCACCGGCUUCCAGCUAGGCAACGGGCAAGGCCUCCAGCUAGGCAACGGGCAAGGCCUCAAGCUAGGCAACGGACAAGGCCUCCAGCUGGGCAACGGGCAAGCCAGCCUGCAGCUGAGCAACGGAGCUGCCGGAACUUUAUCGGGGAACUUUAUCGUUAACAUGAAGCAGUAUUUAUACACGGUGUAUUGUGUCGGUGCGGGGAUAUGGAGCUUGGUAUGGGUGACGGGCUUGCUGCUUUUAAUUGGCGUCCGUAGAGACAUCAGGUUACUCCUUCUGCCGUACAUGAUAGUGACACCAAUCAUGAUCCUUCUGGAGAUACUUUGCUGUGCGCUGUUCAUCGUUGUGGUCGUAAAGAUACAGAUGAUGGUUGGCGUGCUGAUGUACCGUUUCUUCUUGUUCACUGGAAUCUACGCCUCCAUGGUGAUCAUAAAUGUCUUUUGUUACAUCUGCGUGCUGUCUCAGUACAUAGAGCUGAGAGAAGGGCGUGGUCGAAAGGAGGACAUAGAGCGGGCUGCCAAGGUCGGAUAUGAAAUGCUUACCUUGUACCAAGACGAGGAAAAGGUCGAGAUGAAUCGUCCCCAUCCGCCUCCGGCCUACCAUGACGAAGAUCCUUAUCCAGCGGACGACGAGGCCUAGGCAACCAAUGAGGGCGUCAAAUUGGAAAGCGCCAUCAGAAGGAAUGUGGCUCUCACUGGUGGGCUACACUGCCUAUUCAUCCACCGCUGCAAGGAAUAAAAUCGAAGCAAAUUUUCUGUUUGAAAUGCACGCAGAAUAAGUAUUCAGAAAGGAAACACCGACACAAAGUUUAAAAGUUUUAAUAGCUAGUUUGCUUGUGCUCGUUUUUAUUUUUAGUUUGUUCUGAGCGAUACACAGAUUUUUGACGUUUGAGAUGGGCCUACGUUAAAUUACACGGGGGACCGUCUUUCGCUUGAGAAAGGGCACUUCGUACAAAUGACUGUAUAUAUUGUGUUGUUUUAGUGUAUGUAUAUUGUCGUUGCCAACAGCUUCAUAUUGGAUGAGUAUGACUCGUAUAGUUACCUUCACUUAAAGUUAUGGUUAUGAGGAGAACGUCUUUUACAUUUGAAAUGGUAAGAAAUUCUGGCAUCAAUAAGCCGAGGCCAAAUCUGCUUUACACAAACCCUUCCUAAUAAUGGGACAGUCCCAAUCAUUUUAUGCUAACGAGGACACGUAGGGCUUAAUCCGGCUUUCUGAUUGGUCGAAUGCCUGUCGGAAAAGGAUUAGUUCCCUCGUCGGACCCUGUGCACUACUUACAGUUCCCGUUUAUUAUAUCAGAAGUUCCACUGAUUUUAUAAUGCAAGCACUUUGCACGAAAAGUAAAUCAUUCUUUGAAAUUGUUUGUUCAAGAUAUUUACUAAAGCAUCCUAAAAAUCCCACAAUCAUCCUGUCAUCACAAACAUAGUAAGCUUUUCCUUACAUAGAAAUGUUAUGUACAUGUGCAUAUUUAAUACAAAUAUACAUGUAUACUCUUUUGAAUGUUCUGAUUCUCUUUCAACCAAAUUGAAUAAAACUAACUGCGGCAUGUAAACUCAUCACACAAAAGAGUAUUUUGUGUCCAAUCAGA